AAUAUUUUAUGUUUUGUGUUGUUCAUGAGCUUAACUUCAAAUUGGUAAUUGGUUUUACACGAUUGGUCAACUAUUACAGCACAAAAAAAAUACUCAAAAUCUGCUAAAUAAAAACAUAGAUUUUCACUUUACAACUGAACGGAACCGAUUUAUGGCUCUUAAUUUUAUAUACAUAUAAGUAUAAACACCCUUUUCAAAAUGGUAAUUGGAAUUUACAUAAUUACCAAUAGUUUUUAUUUUAUACGAGAUAUACUGUUUUGGCGCUUACGACUUUUAAUUUCAAGCUAGCUAUCGCGUUUGUUUGUAUGCAGGCGGCCCCCCUCAGUCCGUUUCUGACCAUUGUCAGCGUCGGACUUGUGCCAAUCGAGCUCCCGAGCAUCGAUAACCGUAUCUUAUUCUGAAUAAAAUAUUACAAAUUAUUAAAAAUGGGAAAAAAAAAAGUUAAAAGUUUCUAAAAUGAAGAUGAAAGCUCUGUACAUUGAAAAAUGUAAGGAUAUGGUCAAGAAAAGGAAACAAUUGUCCGAACAAAGAAAAACUAUGGAGUCGUCUCUGGAUUUAGGCGAAACUGAAACGAAUACAAUCGAUUCUUUAGAAGGAAGACAAGAAAUGUCAUCGUCGUAUGCAGAUUUACAAAAUGUGACGCUCACGGCGGCCGAAAAGGAUCAGAACUCACUUCCAUGUUAUUUUGAAGAAAAAACGCCUAAAACAACAUUUGAGAUGGAAUUAGAUGAUAAUGAUGCGCCUCCAAAUAUAUCGCAAUGCGAAUCAGAAGCAAUGACAGAAGAAAAUCAAUAUAAGGAAAAGGACCAGGCUUCAAACGUAUUACCUGAAAAUCAAUGUGAAGAAAGUAAUGCACUUCCAUAUAUAGUUGAAGGCACAUCUGAAGUAACGAUGCAGCCUGAAAUACAAAACUUGGGGCACCGAAUAAUAGAUUUUAAUCAUUUCACAUCAGAACUUGUAAAAAUUUCUCAACACAAAUCUCUGUUUAAAUGCGGAUUAUCUACAAUGAAAUUAAUUUCUGAACAUCGAAUAGGAUUGCAAUCUGAAUACACAUAUGUAUGUAUGAUGUGUAAUUAUAACAAUAAAAUAAAAUCGUCAUUGGAUGAUGUGAACAAAGAUGCUGUUGCGGAACCAAAAACAAAAGAAAAUUCUGAUGAUACUGUUGCUGACACGGAUAAAACUGCUGAUGUCGACAAUUUUGCUUUUGUUGACGAAGAUGUUGCUGACGCAGACGAUGUUUCUGUCGUAGAUAGUUCAGAAUAUAUUAUGGCUUUUUCUGAAUAUUGA